UCCCUCGGGUCAGGCUGCCCGCCGGUCCUCUUGCCUGUAGGUUCCCCUGACCCCCCUGAAAUAUGAUCAGGGGCUCGUGGACGUGGCCCCGGAGAGAUGCCGCUGCGCUCACCUGCUGCUGCUGCUGCUGUGGCUGCGGCUGCUGCUGCUGGGCUCCCCGGCCCCCUCGGGGGGCCACGAGCAGCGACAAGCCGUGGGCCGACUCAGAGCGGGCGCAACGAUGGCGCCUGUCACUGGCUUCGCUGCUCUUCUUUACGGUGCUGCUCUCUGACCGUCUGUGGCUGUGCGCUGGCGGCCGCCUGAGGGCCAAGGAGAGGAGCGGCUCGGUGAGGCUGCCCUGGGGGGCUGCCGGCCCAGAGCCCCAGCCCCGGCCCGAGGCCGAUACUCCCCCAGCCAUGCUGCUACUGCUGCCGCCGCCACCGCCUCCGCCGCCCCCGGGGGGCAGCUGUGGCUCUCUCCUGGGCAACCUGACCCAGGCCGCUGCAGCCCCGGGGCCGGGCUGUGGCGGCGGCAGGGGCCCCUCUGGUCCCGAAGCGGCCUGCCUGGAGCCUCAGGCUCUGCAGAGACUCGUGGGCGCUGCGCCCCUGAGGCCCCUCAUGUCUCCUCUGCCCACCUCGGGCAGGCCCCCCGCCUCCCAAACGAACUUGCUGCAAGGCCACUUUCGGAACUACACCCUGGCCUUUUGUGACUCCUACUCGGUGGCAGACCUGCUGCUGGGCAUGGCCCCCCAGGACAGUCUGGACUGCAGCCUGGACGCCCUGCUGUCCGACUUGCUGACCACCGGGCCCGGGGCCUGGGAGGCGUGUUUCAGCUGUGUCCAGUUGUACCAGCGGCUGGACGAACACGCUCAGGAAAAAUACGACGAGUUUGACUGCUUGCUGCAGAAAUACUUGCAAGCGGAGGAGUAUUCCGUGCGGUCCUGCAUAGGAGACUGUAAGGCUGUCUACAAGGCCUGGCUGUGCUCUGAAUACUUCAAUGUGACCCAACAGAACUGCCAUCCCCGGGUGCCAUGCAAGCAAUACUGUCUGGAGGUGCAGACCAGGUGCCCCUUUGUGCUCCCCGACAAUGAUGAGCUGAUCUAUGGAGGGCUCCCCGGCUUCAUCUGUGCAGGGGUGAUGGAGAGCCCGCGGGGCCCAGAGGAGGCCGAGUGCUGUGAGGUGGACUUGAAGCCCUGUGCCUCCCUGGGGGGCAGCAAGGGCUCCUCCUGGGGGGGACAAGCAUUCCCCGAGCCCUCCCAGCACCAGCAGCUGCCCCCCUCCCACCACCACCUGCUGGCCCCCUCAGUAUACAGGCCCUCUUCGCUGCUGCUGCCCGUCUCGGGGGGCUCCUGUCUCAGCCCCAGCAGGAUCCGCCUGUGCGUCCUUGUGUUCAUGCUCAUGCUUCUGCACACCGCGGCAAGCUUCUCCAGCAGCCAGAGUGCUGGGGGCCUGGGCCUAGAGGUGCUGCCUGCCCUAGAAGAGGGCGUGUCCAGAGAAGAAUGACCUCCAGGGAGGGAGGGGGGAGAACACACCUCCAGCCAGCACAC